AGUGGAAGAGGAGCAAAUUUCAUGUAAAAACAGGAAAGUUUGCUAUCUUAAAUUUAUCACAAUCUGAUCCACUUAAUCAGUCAAUCCAAAACUACAACGUGUGCCUAUUAAAAACCAAUCGUGAAUAAUUUGCUCGUAUCUAAACAAUCGUAUUCGAAUAGCGGAACAUUAAAAUGUCGAGUACAUCGCAAAAGCAUAGAAAUUUCGUGGCCGAACCGAUGGGAGAUAAACCGGUGACGGAUCUCGCCGGAGUAGGAGAUGUCCUUGGAAAGCGGCUAGACGCUGCCGGAUUUGACAAGGCUUAUACCGUGCUUGGCCAGUAUCUGCUGCUGAAAAAGGACGCCGAACUGUUCAAGGAAUGGAUGAAAGACACCUGCCAAGCAAAUUCAAAGCAAGCCGCCGACUGUUACCAAUGUCUUAACGAUUGGUGUGAGGAGUUCAUGUAAACCACAUAUCCGGAAGCAUCCUCAGGUUUUUCAUUUUGCUUCGUCGGUUUUUAUUUUAAAACUUAACUUUCCAGAAUAUAUUCUCUCUGUAUUUUAAAGACCAGAUUGUUAAGCAUAUAACUAUUAAUUUUAAAUGAUACGUGUC